AUGGCGGGUGUAUCAUUACCAGAAAAUAUAGAUACAUUAUUAGUAGGAUAUCUAGAUUUAAUGAUAAGGAUAGCAAUGGAAUUUCCACUUUAUCAUGAUUCUAAUCAUAUCGAGGAAAUAAAUAGAUUUUGUCAAGAAAUUUUAACUUUGAAUGUUAAAAAACAAUUAUCAGCAAAAGCAAUUGAAGUAUUAUUUGCUUUAUGUGAAAGAAAUGAAAGAAAUGACGAAUUGAGUGAUGAGGUAUGUUUAAAAUU